AUGGUUUUUUGUGCUUAGAUACAAGUAAUUCAUAAGGCAUGCUUUUGGGAUGGUACUAAAUGCUUAGAAAAAACAUGUUCAAAUAAACCUAUUCCUUUAAUUAGUCAAGCAGAUUGUAAUAGUUGGUUGAUAAAGUGUUAAUAUAAUAGUAAUAAUAAUAGAUGCUUAGAAAAUUGCACUUAAGCUGAUAUUUCAAAUAAAACUCAUGAACUAUGCGAAUCCUAUUAUUUAAAUAUAAGUUGCACUGUCAAACUAGAUAUAAUUCAAUGUGUUGACCUUCCAAUUGCUUGUUCUUUAGCAAAAAACCUUAAUGUUAUAAAGAUUAAUCUGGAAGUAAAUGCAUCUAUUAAGAAUCAGAAAGUAAGUGCGUUAAUUUAAAAUUUUCAAUCUUAUAAUAUACUACACAUGAAUAAUGUAACUAAAGAUUAAAUUCCUGUACAGUUAAUUCAGCUUUAGGUUGAUGCCAAUUAUUAAAUGUUUGUAGUAGUUAUACCAUAAAAGAAUAAUGCUAAAUCGAUUCAAAUAAUGUAGAAUGCUAAUGGAUGA